AUGACGAUCUCCCCCUUGACCCUUCUACACGUCCUUUCCCUCACUACUCUCUCACUUUCGCCUAUUCACGCUCAAGCGCAACAGGCAAACACGUUCAAAUAUGUCGGGUUAUCGGGAGUGUCAGCUCAACAGCUGUUCCUGGGAACGCCCACAAAGGUAUAUAUAGUGGAUAAGACUGAAAAUAACAAUGCAACAGUGAAUGGACAUCCAGCAUGGGCGACAGAAUAUGAUUUAACGACCAACGAAUUCCGUACAAUGGAUGUAUUGUCCAAUUCGUUUUGUGCGGGAGGCACAGUAUUAGGUAAUGGAACAUGGUUGAAUGUGGGAGGUAAUCAAGCUAUCACAUAUGGCGGAGUUUCAAUGCCAACUACUCAACAAUCAGGUCAAUCACCUUAUAAAGAUUGGGAUGGUGGUAAAGCAGUUAGAUUAUUAGAUCCAUGUGAUGACGAAUCUUGCAAUUGGGUAGAUAACCCCUCGUUAUAUAUGACAAGUAGAAGAUGGUAUCCAACUUUAGAAACUCUAGAAGAUGGAAGUGCAAUGAUCAUGGGUGGAUGUGAAUGGGGUGGGUAUGUUAAUUAUGCGGAUAAUCAGAACAACCCAACGGUUGAGUACUUUCCAUCAAAAGGUCAACCAUUCACAUUGAAUUUCUUGUUAAAAACCAUGCCGGUCAAUUUAUUCCCUUUGAUAUGGUUAUUACCUUCAGGAAACAUGUUGGUUCAAGCAGAAUUUCAAGCUGAGAUAUUCGAUUACAAGAAUAACAUUGAAUACCCAAUAGCGGAUAUCCCAGAUUGUGUUAGGGUGUAUCCUGCUUCUGCUGGUACGGCAGUAUUUCCAAUGACACCUGAAAAUAACUGGACCGCAACUAUAAUUUUUUGUGGUGGAACUUUUUUAGAAGCUGAUCAAUGGACGACUACUUGGCCUAUUAAUACUUAUCCUGCCAAUACAUCUUGCGUUAAGAUAAGUCCUGAUGUUGAUAUGAAUUGGUAUCAUGAAGAUCCAUUAGAUACUGGAAGAUCAAUGGGUAACUUCAUCAACCUCCCGGACGGUAGACUGUUCCUCGUCAACGGGGCUCAUCUAGGUACAGCAGGGUACGGUACCGAAGCAUGGACGAUAGGACAAUCGUAUGCAGAUCAACCUUUGUACCAAUCAUGGUAUUUUGAUCCGAGGCAACCUUCAGGUUCUAAAUGGUCAAAAGCCGCUGUUUCAACUAUACCAAGGAUGUAUCAUAGUACAGCAAGUUUAUUGCCUGAUGGAAGCGUCAUCGUUUCUGGCAGUAACCCAAAUGCAGAUUACGUCAACAAGGAUCAAAAUACUACUUAUACUUAUUUCACCCAAUACCAAGUUGAAAUCUUUUAUCCUGACUACUGGGAUAAACCAAAACCCAAUCCGACUGGAAUGCCAACCAAGCUAACGUACGGAGGAGAUCCAUUCGAUAUAGGAUUAACACUUUCAGAUCUGCGGAACGAUACGAUGAAUAUCAAUUCCACCCGAGCUGUGAUAAUCAGAACUGGAUUUUCGACACACACGAUGAACAUGGGUCAAAGACACGUGGAACUGGAUACUAGUUAUACAACGAAUGAUGAUGGUGGAGCAACUUUGCAUGUUGCCCAAGUUGAACCCAAUCCUGCUAUAUUAGUCCCGGGUCCAGCAUUAUUCUUCAUAGUGGUAAAUGGAGUUCCAUCCAAUGCAUCUUGGGUAACUAUAGGUGAUGGGAUAAUAGGUGAACAAACUAUAAAUCCCAAGAGCGUAUUGCCCCGUUCCACAAUAUCAGCUCAGUUGAUGGCUCAAUAUGGAUAUGGAGGGAACUACGUAAGAGCUGGAACGAGUACUGGUGCUUCAUCAAAAACCAUCUCAAUAGUAAAUUACUGGGGGAUAAUCCUGUUUAUAGGAAUGGCGGUUUCAUGUCUCGCUUAA